AUCAAGUAGUAGCUCUUGGAAAAGAGUCGCAUCCAAGUCCCAUCAACAGUCUCCUGUGGUACCACCAUGCCAAAGAAUAAAGGCAAAGGAGGCAAAAACCGGCGCAGGGGUAAAAAUGAGAAUGAGUCUGAGAAAAGAGAGCUGGUGUUUAAAGAGGAUGGGCAAGAGUAUGCGCAGGUGGUCAAAAUGCUGGGGAACGGACGCUUGGAAGCAAUGUGUUUCGAUGGGGUCAGGAGGUUGUGCCACAUCAGAGGCAAGCUGAGAAAAAAGGUUUGGAUAAAUACCUCGGACAUUAUAUUGAUUGGUCUGCGAGACUAUCAAGAUAACAAAGCGGAUGUAAUCUUAAAGUAUAAUGCAGACGAAGCGAGAAGUCUGAAGGCGUAUGGAGAACUUCCAGAACAUGCUAAAAUCAACGAGACGGACACCUUUGGUGGUGUGGAUGAUGAUGGAAUCCAGUUUGAUGAUAUUGGAGACAGUGAAGAAGACAUUGAUGAUAUCUAAGCUGAACUAAGCAUGCUACAUUCCAAGCUCUCUGAAGAUAGCUCUAUACACUUGGCCUCGUGACCUUCAGCUGUUA